AUGGUGGACCGAUCCCAUUGUGACAAGGAUCGACGAAAGAUGGACUCAAAGCCAUCAGAAUGUGUCCCAAGAGGUGCUAAACGUCCUCAAAGGAAACCGAAAACGGGAUGGAGCGAUGUCGGUUCUUCUUCGCAAAUUUCGAAAUUCCGGAUGUUCAUUUCUCUCCUAAUCUGGUACUUAGCUACUUUGGCCGAAGGAGAGCAGACGAUUGUGGAGGGGCCGCAAGACUCGUUUGUAUUUCUAGGACAAACUGUAGCACUCAAAUGCAGAGUCAAUAACCAGAAAGGAUCAGUUCAGUGGAUGAAAAAUGGGUUUGGAUUAGGAGUAGAUCGUCAACUGAAAUUUUUUCCUAGAUACUCUAUGAUAGGUAGCACAAGUCGAGGAGAAUAUAAUCUGCAGAUCACUAACGUGACAGUGGGAGAUGAUGACGUAUACGCCUGUCAGAUAAGCGAAGCAGCCAACGAACGCUCUGUUGUUUCCAAUUCAGCCAAAGUUACAGUUCUGAUUCGACCGACCCCACCAAAACUCCAGAAGACAAGUCACUUCAUUAAUGCGGUGGCAGGCGAAGCGAUUACGCAGUCCUGUUUGUCCAGAAAGGGGAAACCCCCACCACGCCUGGGAUGGGCUUUAAGCGAUGACGUCGAAGGUAGAAAUAUCUAUAUGUGGCUUGGAGAAACACGCGUGAAAUUCUCCCACCUCAUCAAAAGCCUGGAAGCUACACAGGAGUCUCUUCGCGCAGAUAUCGAAGAGGAGGUUCAAAAGGAUGGAAAUGGCUACAUAGUAUCGAGCAAUAUAAGAAUUCCUUUCGUUAUGGAACAGAUUGGAUUUUAUCGAGCCCUUGACCAUAUCACAUAA